GCUUUCUCCCCGCCACAAACCGACACACACACGCCCAAAGUGGCCAACUGACAACCCAUCGUGUUGGUUUGCAAAACACACCAGUCUAAAAUAGAACGGAUAAAUGCAAGCAAAGACGGAAGUGGAGAGCGUUGCAUAAAUAUUAGUUUGCGUGGGCGCAGAGGCAAAACAUUGACUUUCAUCCGUUUUCCCGUGUUUAUCCGAGUUCUCCGCCCCUGUGAUUAAAUAAUCAAGCAGCCGCCAGUGCCAAGUGCAGUUGUCACCUUGCAUUUGGCCGAAUAAAGCGAAAUAUAAAAUGUUUUCACUUUCUCGCCACGCACUGCGGCGCACUCGAAAUUUUGCACUUGCCGCCGCCAAUUGUGGUGCAUCUAUUCCAGCUGCCCGCCACUUUGCAGACUCACGUCAAGACAACGAAAACCCAGCAAAGAGGGAUUCCGGAAAGGCAGCGAGGAUGGAGAACAAGAGCGAAAAGGUUACUGUGAACAAGGAGGAGCUCCGCAAGCGCCUGACCCCACUGCAGUAUCAGGUUACCCAGGAGGCGGGCACCGAACGCCCCUUUACAGGUUGCUAUAACAAGCACUACGAGAAGGGCGUCUAUCAGUGCAUCGUGUGCCAUCAGGAUCUGUUCAGCUCGGACACCAAGUACGAUUCCGGCUGCGGCUGGCCGGCAUUCAAUGACGUCCUGGACAAGGGAAAGGUCACUCUGCACCGCGACGCCAGUAUACCAGUAGUCAUUUCGAAAACGCUAGGCAUGGUGCGUACGGAGGUGCGCUGCUCCCGGUGCUCCGCCCACAUGGGCCACGUCUUCGACGACGGACCCCCGCCCAAGCACCGUCGCUUCUGCAUCAACUCCGCGUCCAUCGAUUUUGUGAAGAGUGCGGCGCCAUCGAAACCGGACCCCACAACAGCCUCCUCUAAGAAAUAAGACCGAUCUGCCUGAGCACCGAUCUGCCGACGCAACUUGGCGGUGGAGGAAAAGCCUUAUAUAGACCUGAGAAACACUGAUCCCCGAUGAAAAACGAUUUUAAGAGUAUAUAGUUUAUUGUCAGAUCUAUAAAGAGCUUGAGAUGGAAAUGGGAAAGGAUAUUACUAUAUUUUAUAGCAGUUUAUUAUGCAAAAUGUUAAUCAAAACGUCAAUGCUUGUAAUGACAGUUGUUCGAAUAUGUAUUUUGGAACGGGGAGUGAGAGAUUAUUGUUGUAGAUCAGUCAAGAUCCUUUUAAUUUGAUUGAAUUUAUUUUAUUUGUAUUCUGUCACUGUUUUUCGGUUUCAAGGACAGAUGUUAACCCACUUGAUCAAAAUUACGUGUUAUCGAAAAGCUACCUAGAAAUUUUAUAAGAGUUUAUUGGAAAAUGUUUGCCAAAAGCAAAGUAUUACGAGAAAAGCCUUGUUGAGUAGUUGAAAUGUAUAGGGUUAACUAUAAUUUACUUGGACAUCCCUCGAAGUGUAUUUUCUAGGACGAUAAGAAGGAUCUGCUACAAAUGGAUUAUGGAGAAGGUUUUUUGGUUUUUUUAUUCAAUUUCCUUGGUUGAGUGUCUUUUUCUCUUACCCGACUCUUCAUAUUCGUUUGUUUUAUGCGACAUCAUUAGCUUAUUUCACAUCUCAUUGAGUUCAUGAUCCAAGGUCACAAUUUGGUUAUAUUUUUGGGCCAGGGCCAUUAAGUGUAAAUGUGUGUGCAUAUAUUUUUCUGUGUAGCGUUUUUAUUUUUAUCUAUUUCCGCAUCAGUAUUGAUUUGUUGGUGUUGUUUUUAUUUUAUUUAUGUUAUUUAUUUAUUUUGAAUUAUGCUUACACUUUAUUGCUUUUUUCUCAUGCCCGAUUGUUUUUAAAUAACAUACAUUACUGCAAUGCUUUUACAUUAUAAACAUAAACUUUAUAGAGUGUCUCAAGCAAACUGAAUAAUGUGUAUUUUCAUAUAUUUUCUAUUUCUCUUUUUUUAACUCGCUUCCCAACCAAACAAAACCAAAAACUAAAUGUACGCCUGUAAUCGUUCCUUGGGGGUUUGUUUUGCUAACAAAAAUGAUACAAACACUCACAAUCCAUUGCUGAAAUUGUAACACUCGACACACGAUCCAUAAAACGCUUAAUUAACAAAAAUAAUACGCCGAUCUUGCAAACACAACAAUUUUAUUCACUCUUUGAUUCGUCAUAUUAUUUCGUAUAAUUUAUGUGAUUUCAUUUCACUUGUCAACUGUUUCUUUACUGUUUACUCUGCUGCACUUGGAACUCUCACUCCUCUCUCUUUCUGUUGCUCCUACACACCUGUUCCCCCACCUGCUGCACUCUCAUAUUAUUUGCCGAUCCAUUCGCUAUCUUUUCACACCCAUUUUGCAAUACGAUUUCUGUUAUUUUCUCUUUCAACAAAAAACCUCUUGAAUUAACCUUAAAAACGCGAAACGAAACAAACGAUAAAUUAUUGUAAAAAAAAAUUAUUGUCAAAACAAAACUGCGCUACAAUUAAUCCCACAAAUGGCAAAAUACAAUUAAAAAGGGGGCAAUAUUUUACUACUAAUCGCACAUCCAGAACGCAUACGCACCGAGGUCCGAUGCGCCCGCUGCUCCGCCCACAUGGGACACGUUUUCGAGGAUGGACCCAAGCCGACGCGCAAGCGCUACUGCAUCAAUUCCGCCUCCAUCGAGUUUGUAACCGGCGAGAAGGAUCCUUCCGCCUCCAGUCCACCUGUGGCUACGCCCACCUCGGCACCCAUUGCCCAGCAAUGAGACCCAUGGUAGCAGGAAGCUGGCGCUUGAGAACAAUCACCAGAGAGAGAAUGGAUAAGGCGUAACCGAAGAGUCUAACCUCAAUGUUGCUGUUAAGAUGUUUUUUUAACGUGUAUUUUCUAACUUUCCGCAUAUGUGGCCAAUUUUAGCUUGUAGUCGUCAGUCAGUCAGUCAGUCAGUCUCCGUCUGUUUCUACAUAAAUAUAUUAGGGAAGCGUAGGCCUCAUUUCCGGGAUACCCCCGACGUGUGUCUUCUGUUUGUGUAAAUAGCUAACGUACUCCCAUCCAAAAUCUUUGUUAAUCACACUCACACAAUCAAAUACUCUGUACCACAUUCGAAACAUUACUAAUUAUAAAGUGAGCGCGCUAAAUAAACGUGUAUUUUUUACAAUGAA